CAACAGCUGUUUUGGGAAUGCACUUGACGUAACUUAAGGCCAAGUUUUGUUUUCAAUUUGUUUUGUUAUAGCCGAAAAGCGUUUCAAAACCGGUUUUUACAGCCUUUCGCAUAAACUGCAGCUAAAUCAACGAGCGGCAACAUACAGUUAUUACACACACACACACACACAAGCGCUGGGCAAAAGAAAGUUUUGACGCAAUCGCAUGGCCGCUACUUGUAAUUUGUAAUGAAGAAGCGUCGUGGUCGUGCGGCCGCGCAGCUAAACAGUUAGCACUGCACUCUGGCAGCGAACAGUCGAAUUUAUUGACGAGCGACUUUUGUGGAUAUUUGGCAUAUUUUUAAGCAUCAGCCCUGCCAACCAGACAACAAAACAACAACAACAACAAAAGUGAAAUCGCCGAUAAGACGCCCCCAUCCCUGAAUGAAUGAAUUUGUGAAUUUAGUCUGAUUGAAGACUAUGUCAAAAUUGGCGCGCAUGCGACCAUAGCGAAACCAAAAGGAAAAAAGAAACCACAACACCAGGCAUAAGAGGUGCCUAGUGAAACAAACGACUGACACGCGCUCCACUGGGCAUGACACCUUAAAUGCCAUUGAAGACGCAGCCGCAGUAAUAAAAGUGAAAUCAGCACGAAAACCAGCACGCACAGGCACACCAAAAGAGCCAUUGACAUCGAUACAGUUAGUUGAAAAGACAGCGAGCAAUAUGACGCCGGCGGUAACUAGCAGUACUGGGACCGUAUCAGCGUGUCCCCCGCCCACAUCCACACCGGUCAGUCAACGACGCAAACACAGCGCACGUGAGCAACUGCAGCAAAUUGCUGCCGGCGGCAUGGCGGCCGCUAUUACACGUUCCACCUGUCAGCCCCUGGAUGUGCUCAAGAUACGCUUUCAGCUGCAGGUGGAACCAUUUAGGACAACUGAACAUAACUUGGUCCUACCAGGCCACAAAUCCGGUACACUAUUGCAGUCCUCUAAAUACACGUCUAUUAUUCAAGCCGUGCGCACCAUUUAUCGCGAGGAGGGCCUGUUGGCCUUCUGGAAAGGUCACAAUCCUGCCCAGGUGUUGAGCAUUAUGUACGGCAUCUGUCAGUUCUGGACAUACGAGCAGCUUAGCUUGGUUGCCAAACAAACCAACUACCUCAAAGAUCACCCGCAUCUCUCAAAUUUCAUGUGCGGCGCUGCAGCGGGCGCUGCAGCAGUGAUCAUCUCCACACCUUUGGAUGUUAUACGCACACGCCUGAUUGCCCAAGACACUAGCAAAGGAUAUAGAAAUGCAACGCGUGCUAUCACGGACAUUAUGCGGCAGGAGGGACCACGUGGAAUGUAUCGCGGCUUGUCUUCAGCCCUGUUGCAAAUUGCGCCCUUGAUGGGCACCAACUUUAUGGCCUAUCGUUUGUUCAGCGAAUCGGCGUGCACUUUCUUCGAGGUGGACGACCGUAGUAAGCUGCCUACCUGGACGCUUUUGGUGUUAGGCGCCUCGUCGGGCAUGCUGUCCAAGACAAUUGUGUAUCCGUUUGAUUUAAUCAAGAAGCGUCUGCAAAUCCAGGGCUUUGAGCAAAAUCGCCAAACAUUCGGACGUACCCUUCAAUGCAAUGGCGUUUGGGAUUGUCUUCAGUUAACGGUGCGGCAGGAGGGUGUAUGGGGUCUGUACAAGGGCGUUGCUCCCACGCUGCUCAAGUCAAGCCUGACAACGGCCUUGUAUUUUAGCAUUUACGACAAGCUUAAGCAGGUGCGCCUCUGGUAGGCGCCGCGACAGUUUUCUAUUUAGCACAUAAGUAGUGAAAAAGUUCACAGCACAGAAUCUAUUUUUAUAUGCAAUUUACAAUUAACUCUGUAAAUGAUACUAAGCAUAGUUUCUCUGUUAAUUAGUUAUCGUUUUUAGUACGGGUUUGUUUUAUAUUAAUAAGUAUCUGAUUAAACCAUGCGCCAACCUAUAAACUAUAUGCACAAAUGCAUAGACGAUUCAGAAAUGCCACUGUUGUUUAGUUUUAUUUAUCCAGUUCUGGACACUAGAUAUAAACGCCGCAUUUUUCAUUUUUGUUGUAUACAUUCCACAUAUUAUUAUUAAAAAUGCCUCAUGAUACGAUUUUCAAAGUGAUGUCUGUACAAAUGUUGACAAUCGGUUUAGCAAGAAGUAAAUCUAGCAUAAUAUUAUCAAUUUUUUUAUAUAUUCUACCGAUAUAUUAAGUUAUCUGUUUAUAUAAAAAGGUUUGUCCGAACUCAUUGCUGAGCAAGCGGAAAAAGCUGCGAAGCCGAAAUUUGUACAGAAGUUUCUCUUUGGGUAUGCAAAACAUCUGAAGCAACGCAGACACAUAAAUUGUGCUUUUCAAAAGUGAGCGCAUGAGCCUGUGCAACUAAGGUCAAGGGUCUGAGCGUCGGAAUAACAAGCGAGAGGUCGCCGGUUCAAUACCAGGGUAUUUUUAAACUUUUCUGUAAGCAAAACAAAAAACGGUGAACGCAUAGUUGUAUUGUGCAAACAGAUA